GUGGCCGUGGGCGGGCCCGCCCCUUCGCGCGGGUCCGCGCUGCUUUCCCUCCGCAGCUGCCGCCUCCUCCGCGAUGUCCCUCCGCGGGCAGGACCCGGACAGCGGAGCCGAGUCCCUCUCUUCAGAUGAAAAAGAGGCGGCGGCCAGCGGUGCGGAGGGAGAGGGCUCGGCCGAGGAGCACCCAACGGGAGAGGACAGUUUGGAAAAAAGCUCCAGCAGCAGCUCGGAUGAGGAGUCAGAUGCGGAGGAGUCGCACGGAGGAAGGUCGGAUGAAGAACAGGAGGAGAAGGAAUCGCUACUGUGUGGCAAUGAAUCAGGAGUGAACUGUCUGCCACCCUGUGAACAUUGCAGAAGUGGAAAUGACCGAAAGGAGCAAGUGACCCCUAGGAGGCUUGCUGGAAAACAAUAUUUGGUGCAGCUGGAUGCAGAGGGGACUUACCAGUGCAGCUUCACGGGCUUGAUUUUUGAGGUGACGGGGGCCGUCAAAAUCACAUAUUCCCUCUUAUCCUGGAGCAAAUACGCCAACCUGGUGAAAAAGCCGUGGAUCGUGGGCGGCCCCCUCUUCAACGUGCGCUGCGACUCGGCCGCCGCUCUCACCUCCAUCCAGUUCCCCCACUCCCUCUGCCUCAGCGGUCAUGGCGCCGGCAUGGCCUUCAGGGUUCUGCACGUCAAAGGCGAGGGCGCAGCCAUCGAGCCCUCGGCCGACUACUCGGCCUCGCACGUCAAGUGGGUGGUGAGCUCGCUGUCGCCCGUGGGACCGCUCAUCCAGAGCCAGGAGCCCGUCCAGUACCACGGCGCCGUCAUCCUCUACAAAGUGGUCGACGAGCAUCCCUCCUUGUCCUUUCGGGUCUACGUGGCUACAAACAACGACUCCUUUAUAAAGGAUAUAUCAAGAGCUGUAAAACAUUCAAAGAAGAAAUGCAUUAAAAUUGACAAGCCUCCCGUGUGCCAAAAAUUACUACAGAAAGGAAAGAAGUAUAGAUUAGUUUGUGAGCCAGAAGCUGAAGUAACUCCAGAGGAAAUUGAAUUUGUUGAUGGAUCUCUCUUGAAACUAAAAAGUUACAUUGAAGUCUAUUUGGAGAAACCCGAUGACUUCACCUUGUCCUUGGUUGAGCUGGAGUCUGAUGCAACUGUAUGGAAAGCAAAACUAAGAGAGAGUGACUGGAUACAUUACGAUCAGAACAAAAACGAGCAGAAAAGAAGUGCAGGCAGUGUCCAAAAACGGAAACCAGCCCUCAGCAUUUUGGAAGAAGACAACCUCUGUAGCAAAAAGCAAAAGACCAGCAAUAGCGCAGAUGGAGUCAAAACAAAAAAAUUAACCGAUCAACAGCUGAUGAUGAUCGCAAAGUUGUUUGGUAGGCAGUGGAGAGAAAUCGCCAUUGAGUGUCUUCAGAUGGAAAUGAGAGACAUUGAGCAGAUUCAGGCAGUGGAGGAAGAAGUUAAUAUGCAAAAAUUUCUGGUGCUAAGCAAGUGGAGAGAGAGGGAAAAAAGCAACGGAACUGCAGAGGCUUUGUACAGAAGUCUCAGUGAAAAAGCAUCCUAUGAGAUACUGCAAGCCCUACAAGGUUUCUCGGCUCAGAGCUGAGCUGGUGAAGCCACAGCUGGAAGGAGCGCGGCGGGAGCUUCCCCGGCCGGCCGCGACGCUUCUCCGGCCGCUUCCCCGGCACCUCGCUGAGAAUUCGGGCAGGGAGACGCAAGGCCCUCAUCGCGGAGCGGAAAGUUUAGGCGGGAUCUUCGCAAGAAAUGUGAAUGAAAUUUUGCGCGGAUAUAAGGACGCCCGAGCCUUUUCAGGAGCAAUUGCUCCUGCAGCGGAUCCCGGCGUCGCGGCUGGGAGUGUUGGGGCUUCACGUGCGGGGAAACCCACCACCCGGCUUUGUCCCGUUUGAGCCAGUCCUAAGAGACAUGAACGCUGGAAGAAACCAGUUUACCUUGCUCAGGUUACAUGAUUGUUACCUGGAAACUUUUUUAUGUACAUCAGGGAAAGACAGGGAGAAAAGUUACGCAGGAACUUUUGUCCCCUUCAAAAAAAAUGUAUUGAUCUGUCAAAAUCAUGUGGUACAUUGUAUUUCUCACAGAUGCCCGAGAUCAGGGAAGAAUAAUCCUAAACUUGCAGAGAAACUCCUUUGCGUAAUCACUGUAUUUAUACAUAAUUACUGGGUAUACUCGUGUACAUUCAGUCCUUGUUAAGCUGUGGUUCUGUUUUCUAAAAACCCGAAAACUGAUUUCAUGGGAGCACCACUAUUAACUCCAGGCAGCUUUGAAUUUUCUCUGGGAAUUUCUUCGCUCUUUUCUGUAUAGUCUGUCUCAAUUUUUAUGUGAUAUUUUUUACGUUGUACAAUUUUUUUUGUAUUAUAAACUUUUUAUACUUUUUUUUUUUUUACUUGAUUAGUUUUAACUUGAAUAGGAUUAGGUGCUUAGACUAAAAUGGGAGAACCCAGAAUCUCUGCAAAGGCUGUUGCUCUGUUGACAAUGGACAUAUUGCAGAAAUGGAGAAGAGCUGGAAAUAAUGUUUUUUUGCAGAAGAGACCGGUGGCCUGAUGUGGGAGAUUGCCUUGGUUUUAAAGACACAGGAUUCUUUUGAUCAUCUUCCUCUGCAUAUGUUUAUGAAAGAAAAGGCAUAUUUUUAAAAAAUAAGGAUUAAAAAGGAAACAUUUAUACUA